AUGGAUCCUCAGACUCAGAUGGACAUUUCCAACCUCAGCGACGCUGAUAAGCAGGAUCUCAGCAAGAUUCUGCAGAACGAGGCGCAGAAGACCAACAUCCAGCAGAACGUCCACCAGCUCAACGACAUCUGCUUCAAGAAAUGCGUCACCUCCCGUCCCAUCUCCGGCACUCUUGAUCGCAGCGAGGAGGCCUGCGCUCAGAACUGUGUUGAGCGCUGGAUGGAUACCCAGUUCUCCGUCCUGAAGAAGCUCGAGUCUAUGCAAAAAUAA